UAAAGCGCAAAAAGGAUUUGCACAGGGAGGUUAGCUAAAGAACCUCAACGAAACGGUAAAAAAAAAAAACGUUUUUAAAACAACUUGUGCUAUCGACCGCUCCAAUUAUUAAUGAAAAUCUCAAAUUUAUCUGUGUUUGGCCAACGAAUGGUUCCCAAACACAAGGAAUUCCAAAGAACGGGCUAAAUCGGCAAGGACAACAACCAGACAGCUUGCAAACUAGGCUGCUGCACGCCCAGCUGUGGUGUGUUUACAUCGGCCUCAUUUGACUCAACAACCCGAGGCCGAUCAAGUCGAACAACAGACCGAAUCACACACACUGUUCUAUCGACUGAAGGUGAACGCCCUCCAGAGUAAGUACACUAAGACAAAGAUGGGAGUCAAAACCUUUACCCACAGUUCCCCCACGCACAGUCAAGAGAUGCUGGAAAAGCUAAACGCUCUGCGCAACGAGGGCCACCUCUGCGACGUCACCAUACGGGUCCAGGACAAGUUGUUUCUGGCGCACAAGGUGGUGCUGGCCUGCUGCAGCGAGUUUUUCCGCUCCAAACUAGUGGGCAGGCCUGAGGAGGAGGACAAGUUUGUGUUGGACUUGCACCACGUUACGGUGAGCGGCUUCACCCCUCUGCUGGAGUACGCUUACACCUCCACCCUCUCCAUCAGCACAGAGAACAUCAUCGACGUUUUAGCCGCUGCCAGUUACAUGCAGAUGUUCGCCGUGGCGAGCACAUGCUCGCAAUUCAUGAAGUCCAGCAUCCUCUGGAGCGCCGGGAUCAUGGGGCAGGAGAAACCGCAGGAGUCGGCUCUCGGCGAGAGCGCUUCCUCCCACUGCGCCUUGACCCCAUUGGACAGCAGCCUGUCGCCUAUAUCGUCUGACUGCAGCAUGAUGGAGAGGAACAUCCCUGUGUGUCGCGAGUCGCGCCGCAAACGUAAGAGCUUUAUAAUGAUGUCCCCAGAGAGCCCACUCAAAUGCACCUCACAGAUCACCUCGCCGCAGAUGCCCAACCCAUCGCCCUCCUCCUUCUCUGAGACCGCCACCCAGCCUGUGGACUCUUCCCUGGCCUUCCCGUGGACCUUCCCCUUCGGUAUCGACCGGAGGUUCCACCCGGAUAAGCAGCCCAAGCUUCCUGAGAGCCCUCACCGUCUGGAACAGGCAGGGCCCUCGGAUGUGAGCCGCCGGCUGAACGACUUUCUCACCUGUGAAAGCACCAUCAAGGCGCCGUUGUCACUGGCGGGCACCGAGGAGGACGUGCGUGUGAAGGUGGAGAGGCUGAGUGACGAGGAGGUCCAGGAGACAUCGUCGCAGCUCGUCAGCGCUUCCCAGAGUUCCCUGAGCGACCAGCAGACAGUGCCCUGCAGUGAACAGGUCCAGGAGGACCUCCUCAUCAGCCCGCAGUCCUCCUCCAUAGGUUCGAUAGAUGAGGGAGUCACAGAAGGGUUGCCCUCAAAGCAAAGUACAUCCAAUGCUGGAGGUCAUACUGAGGAUGAUGAAAGAUUAGAAAGCCUCCAGUACCCUUACCACUUAUACAUAAGCCCUUCCACCCGCCCUGGCACUAACGGGCCUGACAGACCUUUCCAGUGCCCCACGUGUGGCGUCCGAUUCACCCGCAUACAGAACUUGAAGCAGCAUAUGCUCAUCCACUCUGGCAUUAAGCCCUUCCAGUGUGAUCGCUGUGGGAAAAAGUUCACACGGGCCUACUCCCUAAAGAUGCACCGGCUGAAGCACGAAGGUAAACGCUGUUUCCGGUGCCAGAUUUGUAGUGCCACAUUCACGUCCUUCGGCGAAUAUAAGCACCACAUGAGGGUCUCCCGCCACAUAAUCCGCAAGCCCCGGAUUUACGAGUGCAAAACGUGCGGCGCCAUGUUUACCAACUCUGGCAAUUUAAUUGUACACCUGCGGAGUCUGAACCAUGAGGCAUCUGAACUAGCAAACUACUUCCAGAGCAGUGAUUUCCUCAUGCCCGACUACCUGAGACAAGUGCAGGAGGAGGAGACUCUGGGGCAGUACGAGCUGGUGGAGCAUGGCUUCGAAGGCAACAACUUGUCUGUCCAGAUGGCGGUCAUCUCCCAGGUCUCCUCCACCCAGAAUUGCGAGAGCAGCACCUUCCCCCUGGACCCCUUAUCCCUGAAGGACGAAAACGUGUCGGAGGAGCCAAAGACAAACGGCAGUAGCAGCUCCCCGGACGGCUCGGAGGAGGAGAACGCCCACAUCAAAGAGCUGGCUUCCAUUACGAUUGAGUGACCAUCACCUAAUUGUCCCCCUCAUCCCCCCCCUUCCAAUCCAAAGCCCUGACUUUGGAAAGUGCCUGAGAUUGCUCUUCUUUAACAAGCACCACUAGAAUUAGAGGUCUUAACUUUGCUAACAGUGUCAAAUAGUUUAUUUACUUAUUGGGUUAUUGUUUUUGUGUAAUGGUAGUUCAUAUGAUAGACGCUGUCUGUCUUCUUGAGUGCCGUCGCUUUGGGCAAACUGUUAGUGUUGCUAAAUAUUAUUUGAUAAUCAAAUGCUACGUUGGAUUUUGCCGUGAUUCAUGUCAGAGGUGUGUAUGUAUUCCUUUGUGAAUAGGAACACAGUACAUUUAAACCUUUUUUAAAUAUUUUCAAAAAAAAGUUUGAGAACUUGAAAUUGCAUCUCACUUUAGCUACUUGACUUGUAUUGGGUGUUAAUUGAGGUAUCUACUGGUGGCUUAGACUCUCAAAGGCAUGGCAGCAUUUUAUUUCAUACGUGAAGUCGGUCGUUAAAUCAUCGAGAGACGCAAUGCAACGGCUGCGCUUUCCGAUAUCUGGAACAGCUAGGCUAAGUUCAAAUGUGAAGUUGAAGUGUAGUUAAUUUGUCAGACCUUAAUUAGGAAUACUUGUCCCUAACAGUUCUUGUGUGAUGGAAGUCUCUAUACUGACAUAUUUGUAAUAUGUCAGCUGUGUGACAAAAAACGAGUGUCACUAUAACUACAAUUGUUAAAUGUCAAAUUUUUUGGGUCACCACCGUGACGUAGAAGUAAUAUGUCACCGUAAGUGACAUAUAACUAAAAUGUCAGCUUUGGUGACAUAUAACUACUAUGCUUCAAUGUCACUAUUUUGACAUAUUAUAAUGAAACCAUGUUGCAUUCGGUGGUAGGAAUAUUCCUACCUAAAUUUACACAGACUGUUUACUUUGGACAUGACAUUUCAGAAGCUAGUGUCUUGACUGUGGGUGACGUUAUUCGGACAAACCUUGUACUAAUCAAGUGGUCAGCACAUUAGAAUUUGUAGCUGGGUGCCUUGCUUUUACUGUGAGUUGAGUUUUGUAAUUCAAUGUAUAUGGAGCCAGGAGCGGUCUUCAAUAACAUGGCCAACGUGACAUUUCUUUGUAUCAUUAAGUGUGAUCGAUAGAUAUUUUCAUCUUCAUGGUGUUUUAGGUUCACCUUGAGAGUUUCCUGUUUCAGGUACAGGUUCAUUUUCUUUCACUGCUUUUCAACAGAAAUCUUGCCCUAGCUUGGACACCUGUUACAUUGUUAUGGUCUCAGGCGUAGCCUGUUACAUUGAGCCAUCACUAGUCAGUUGCACAUCACCAUGCCUUUAUAAUAAGGUGGUGAUACUCAAUUGAUUUAAAUGCUACUGAUAUUUAUUUUUUCAUGAAGUGUUCCAUGCCAUUAAGUGUAGUCCUUAACAAUUCACUUAAUCAUGGUAGUCCAGCAAAAAAACUAAAGGACUUUUGCGUGCCAAUGAAAUGCAAAAAGAAUAACUCCAAUGGUAACAUUUGUUGGUAUUGAAUUCUUGACAUCACAACCAGGAAUUUCUGGAAUUUGAGAUUGGACUAGUAGAUCCUAAAAAUAUGACCAGGAAAAUAAGAAUUUGAUGACAUGAUGAAUCUGUUAUGUUGGGUUCAGAGAAGUAACAUCAUAGUGUGUUUUACAAUCAUAGAAUGGGUGCUCAGAGAUGUCUUAUGAUUAUGUCUCGUGCCAUCCAAUCAACCGUUCCUUAAAGAUGUGGCAUUUAGCCUAACUACCCUAUGUCUGGGUAACAAUCAAGCUCUCCUAAUGGACCAAGUGUUCCCAAUCCCGUUGGGGUUGGCGUAUCUACCAUUUUAAUCUAUCCUUGCUGUUGACAUUAUAAAGUAAUGCGGUAAUCACACUUGGUUUCCCCAUGCUAUUGAAAUAUUGUGCACAGGAAAUGUCAUUUUGGCUCCAAUAGACACCAUCAUACUGUGCGUUGGAGAAACUAUAGCCUUAUAUAGGACCUUGCAUAGAUUCAACCUGCACAAUUUAAAAUCUUUAGACAUUUUCUUUUUUCUCACGUUUGAACAUUUUAGCGCUUAAUUAAGCUUGUGUUUUGUGUGUGUUUGUUUCUGUGUGUAUUCAUAUACCUUUUUCAUAAAGAAAUGCUGCUGUUUGUUGAAACUUAAAGUGCCCAAAUAUUUUUGGUGAACCUAUUGUGUGCAAUAAAUGGACAAGCUGUUGGGUUCUAAGUUUAUAUUUUAUGUCUGAAUAAUGAAAGAAAAGAAUGUACUGUUUUCGUAUUGUUGUGUACUUAAAAUGUGACAAAUUAACUAAAGAAAAAUAAGUGAGAAUCCACUCAAUCUGUGAAAUCAUGAACAAAGCUUACAUUUUGAUAUUUUAUUUUAUUUUGUUAUUAUUUUUAAAUUUCUCCUAGGAUUGUGAAAUGAACGUUAAUUUGAAAGUCCUGUGAAUCUGAGAGCAUGUGCUUUCUUCUGUUUCCUGUUCAAUAAGGCCUUGUUGAGGUGAGGGGUGUUAGACCUCAGCACAUAUCAGCUUUUUGUUCUUCAUUUUUCUCCAACUAAAGUUUUUUACAGAUAUUAGCAUGUAGCUUCUUUUAUGUGCAACGUUUAAAACAUUUAUUGAUUAUAUAUGCCUUUUCAAUGUAUACAUGAUAUACAUUUCCUGGUUCAUAUUGAUUGCUGAAAAUAUGAAAAAACGGUAGCUCUUAGUUAUACAUUAUAUAUUUUUGUGACUUUUUGUAUUACGAUUGCUGUUUUAUGAGUAUGCCAUCUUUUGGAUAUUCUUGUUAAAUGUGAAUACAACAAAAUGGUUAAGGAGUGUGGGCCUUUUAGUGUUCACUUUGUGAUUGUCUGCAAACACAUAAAUAUAUUGUAUAUUCUUUAUACUGUAGAUUAAUUUCCAACUUAGUUUGGAUGAUUGAAAAAUAUGUAUUUUGUGACUGAUAUUUAAUCUGUAGUUUCAUUUAAUGGUUUUAAACAUCCCCAUAAUGCAAUUCGCACAUGGUGCAAGAGCAAAAAUGUUUGUGGUUUCAUAACCAAGUAUUUACUUAGACAGUGUUGAAUGUUUAACUUUUCCAGAUCAUUUCCAAGAUGAACUGUUCUAAACUGUUGAAACCACUUUGUACUGCUAUACAGUUAAUGGAUGUUCCCAAUUCUGAUCUGUGUUUUUUCCUAGUUUGCAAUUAUAUUGUGAAGUGGGGUGUUUUGUACAGUACAAAAAACAACUAAAAUAUCAAUAAAAACUUGCAUCGAC